AUGUCAUCUAGUAAACCAAGGAUUACACCAGUAAGGAACGCUACGUUACCGGGACAAACGACUCCUGAACAAAGAUACUGGAGAGGGUUCGUGUCACCUCAAUUAAUCAAAGAGAAUCACCCUAUUAAUUCCAUACAUUUCAAUCCCGUUUCUCCUUAUGAUUUUGCGGUAGUAUCUUCAACAAGAAUUCAAAUCUUUUCAAGUAAAACCAGACAAGUUAUCAAGACUUUUUCCAGGUUCAAGGAUACAGUUUUAUCAGGCCAAUUCAGAUUCGAUGGUAAAUUAUUAGUAGCGUCUGAUAAAAGUGGAUUGGUUUCAAUUUAUGAUAGUUACCAACCAAGAAAUUUAUUGGUGAGUUUGAAUCCUUCAAGUUAUCCAACACAUUUAGCCAAAUUUCAUCCUAGCAUUGGUAACCAAUUAGUCACAGGUUCAGAUGAUAGAAUCUUAAAAUUAUAUGACAUCUCACAAACCACCACCGGUCCAAUAGUUGAAUUUGAUGAUUCUUAUCAUGAAGAUUAUAUAAGAUCGGGAGAUUUCAUUCCAAGUAAUCCAAACUUAGUAGCUACCGGGUGUUAUGAUGGAAUUGUCAGAGUAUUCGAUGUCAGAUCGAAAGAUUUAGUUACUUCAUUUAAUCAUGGGGCUCCAAUCGAAGAUGUUUUGGGAUUCAGUUCCACUACUUUGAUAUCAGCAGGUGGUCCACAAGUGAAGAUUUGGGACUUGUCCAUGAACAAACAAAUCAAUGAAUUAAACAAUUUCACUAAAACUGCUAUGACCUUACAUAAUACAGGAGAUAAAGGAUUAUUAGUAGGGUCAUUAGAUGGACAUGUUAAAAUUUUCGACUCCAAUGCUUCAUGGAAUGUUAAGUUCGGUUGGAAAUUUGGUAGUGGUGGAGUUUUAAGUUGUGGAGUUUCACCAAUAGAGAAUGAUCAUAAGCAUUUCGUAACGGGUUUAACAUCUGGUUUAAUAUCCAUUAGAACAAGAAAAACCGAAGCUAGAGUUAAACAAGGUAUAAAACAAAUAAAAUCCAAUGCAUAUAGUAGAAUGUUAAGAGGAAUGGAUUAUCAAGGAGAAGAAGAGCAUAAGUUCAUAAAUUCUAGUCAAUCACAAACUCAAACAUCCAAAACUACCAGAAGUUUUGAAAAAUUAAUAAAUGGUUUCAAAUGGUCAGAAGCCUUAGAUAAUGGAUUCCUCAAUGGUGUUUCCAAAGAACAAACAAUCAUCAUUUUAAAUGAAUUAAAGAAAAGAGGUAAGAUCAAGUCAGCUUUAGAAAAUAGAGAUGAGAUCUCCUUAAUAACCAUUUUAUCGUGGUUUAGUAAAAAUAUUGAAGACAUCAGAUCUUUCAAUUUGAUUUCCGAUUAUUUGUCAGUAAUUUUUGAUUUGUAUAACAAUCUUAUUUUGAACAAUAGUGAUUUAUUGGAAUUAUUCAAUAAUUUGUUCAAGAAAAUCGAAGUCGAAAUCAAAAAAUCAAAGGAAGCCAAUGAAUUGAAAGGAAUGUUAGAGUUAUUAGCAAUUUAA